AUGAAGCUGAAAACUUGCUAGAUCAUAAAAGCUUUGAAGCUUUGAAGAUUAAGAGAAUUACUGCGCUGGACCAUCUAGUAACCAUCCUAGGUGCCCUAGUUCAGGUUAAGCAAGAACGGAAGAAGCAUGCCAAGUCCCUUUGGAAAAAUUUCAUUAUGGAGCUACAAAAUCCAAAUCAAAAUAAUGAAAAAGAAAAU